AUUAACGCGGCGGCUCACCUGACUGUGCGGUUUUGCUGCAGCCUGGAUCAGAGCACAGCUGCUCGUCCCCGAUGCGACCAGCGGAAAACAUCACUGACUCUCUGGCUGUACCGUUAAAUGCCAACCGCAGACCGCUGUUUCUGGACAAAAAAGACAAGUAGGCAAGAAAGUGAGCUGGUGAUGCUUUGUUACUUCCAGGUGAAAUAGAAGUAAGCCAAAACCGCACCUGUUCCCUCUCUAUUUUGGUUCUGACCAAGUGUGGGUAUUUUUCUACAAAUGGAUAAUGGAGACUGGGGACAUAAGAUGACUACUCCCGUUACCUUGAACGUGGGAGGCCACAUGUACACCACCAGUUUAUCCACUCUGCAGCGCUAUCCAGACUCCAUGCUGGGUGCCAUGUUCCGGGGAGAUUUCCCCACAACUCGCGAUUCCCAGGGGAAUUAUUUCAUUGAUCGUGAUGGAACACUUUUCCGGUACAUCCUGAACUUUCUGCGAACGUCUGAGCUUACCCUCCCUGUGGACUUCACAGAGACAGACCUCCUCAGGAAAGAAGCAGACUUCUACCAGAUUGAACCUCUGAUCCAGUGCCUUAACGAUCCCAAACCGCUGUACCCUCCCGACAUCUUCGAGCAGGUUGUGGAGCUCUCUAGUACUCGGAAACUGUCAAAAUAUUCAAACCCAGUGGCUGUCAUCAUCACGCAGCUAACCAUAACUACAAAGGUUCACGGCCUGCUGGAAGGUAUUUCCAACAACUUCACCAAGUGGAACAAACACAUGAUGGACACCAGAGACUGCCAGGUUUCGUUCACCUUUGGACCAUGUGACUACCAUCAAGAGGUGUCCCUAAGGGUUCACCUCAUGGACUAUAUAAUGAAACAAGGCUUCACCAUCCGCAACACACGUGUGCAUCAUAUGAGUGAGCGCGCAAACGAGAACACGGUGGAGCAUCAUUGGACUUUCUGUAGGCCUGCUCACAAAGUUGAAGACUGAGUCGCAGCACAGUUGUUGUGUGUGACAUUACGGUUUGAUUUGUCUUCAUAUAACACAAAUCAUGAUUUUAAAUAAAAAAAGAACAUAAUUGACCCCUUUUUCAGUUAUGUAUCACUUUUCCCCACAUAUUUUGAUCAAUAUGUGGUACAGAGUGCAAGGCUCAGUGUCCAGUUUGCAAAAAGACAGGGAAAUGACACUUAUUGAUUUAUUGCCCUGUUUGAAAGUUUGAUCUUUACUAUAAAAUUCUUAUCUGUGCUACCACUACAUAUUUCACUUACCUUGAAUAACUAAUACUUCAUUAAUGUUACGUCUACAAAACAGCUUUUCUUGUGAAGCAGAAAAACCCUAUAGCAAUGGUUUUAUCUAUUAAUACCCCAAUGAUGCUAAAAAAAAGUGUGGGUACACUGAUUUUCAUCGGAAUAAUUGUGAUUGAAUGUGGUCCCAAUACCUGUGUCUGUUAUAAAGUGAUUGUAAACAGGUAGCCAUGAUUUGAGAAUACAUACAGUAUCAAAUCUACAUCUAAACAUGCAUUACUGUAAAUUUAAAUCACAAUUUGAGAGGAAAAGAUGAGUUUGUACCCCUAGACAAGCUGUCUUGGCCAUGUUUUGGACUAGAGACACUGAAAGAAUUUUUUGGGAUCCCAAGUAGUCAGGAGGGUACUUUAAAAAUAAUAAAUCUUGAUUAUCUUUAGCCCAAUUUCUUUCAAGUGAGUUAACAGUAGAUCUUAAAAUUAGUCUCUUAUCUCUGUAUUAUCUCCCUGUACGGUACUAUUUCUUACAACCCUAGUUGUUGUUGCAUGUGUCGUGUGUGUGUGUGUGUGUGUGUGUGUAUUUGCUCUGUGCGCUUUGCAGUAUUAUGUCAGUGUUACACUUAAGAACUCAUAACAACAGUGAUGUGUUUGAUCAUUCCAGCUAAAAUAAACCCAUUUGUGUAUUUAUCAGUCAUUAA